AUUAGACCAAAAUGACGACCGAUUUCUACUUCCGCGCGAAAUCUGAAGAGUUGACAGUAUAAAAAUAACAAUCCCUGGUAUAAUAACACAUUCAUAUAGCGUGGUAAAUUUUUAACAUUUCUGUAAGACAUAUGAAGAUACUAUAACAAGAUGGAUCAGAAAAUAGUUAACCUCUAUGAAUGCGGUAGAUUUGAAAACCUUACCAAACAGGUCACCUCCUUGAUUGACACUCAGAAGAUAUCAGAGAUGUUAACAAGACGGGUGAUUGGAACGGCAGGUGAUCCCAUCUCCCUGUUGAGGGCGCUGUUGAGAGGCUGUGAUAAGGACGACAAUGGGAUGAAAGCAAGACACCUUAUUUUUACAGCUAGUGUUAAAUUGUUGCAAGAUUCAGCUGUUAAUAUCAGGGUUGCAACAGAUGUCAUCGGCUUUCUCUUAGUAGAGACCGACAAGCUUUCUAGCAGUAGCCUUGCAGAAUUAUCUGAUGUUUACAUCGAAGCUGUAAAAAGUAAAGAGCCAGCAAGCGGAAGGGCUUUUGAAUUAUUACCCAAGAUCUUAUCAACACUUGCUGCAAGGGAUAAUGUUAUACAUGGGAACAGCAACAUGUCUGGGUCAAAGUUCAAGGAUCGUGUCCUGAACAACUUGUGUUCUAGCAGGUGGGAACCACAUUGUAUCCUACCAUUGACUUCAAUAUUCAGGGAAAUCCCCAUGAUGAGUGAACAGUUGGCAUUUGUAAUUAAGAAGGUCAUUAGGGGACUCCCCACUAUGAAUUUGCAGGAAGUACCACCCCUAAUCUACCAACUACUUGUAUUGACAACAAGGGGUCAUAAGGAUUUAGUGCUGCAAGGAAUCCUUAACUUCUUUAACAACAUUGAGAAGCAAGAUAAAAUGGAAGAAAGUGAAGACAUAUUCAGUGUGUCAACAGUGACCAAUGAAAGCAUUCAGCACACUGAAGGCACUGUCAUCGUACAUGUGACAUUUGCAGUUAGACAGAACCAGCCUCUAGGCAAAGAGUUGGUCCGAAUCUUAAAGGAUAGACAACAAGGUGAUCCGAGUGCUGUGCUUCAACCGUUCACCACUGCACUCAUUCUAGCCAUCUCCAGGAUACAUACGUUCACUGAACAGAUGAUCACAAUUUUGAAGACUUCUAUAUUUAGAUGCUACAAGGAUAUUGAAAAACACAACGAAUCCAAGUUUAUUGAAGAAAUUGCAUCAAAAAUUCCAGACAUUGACGCAGACAUAUUGAGUAUUGUUAAAAACAGUUCAAUGGGCUGGGACCAUGUAACUCAAGGUCUGAUCGAGCUUGGUUUCUCUCUAAUGGAGUCGUACGGACCAAAAUCAGCAUUUGGUGGCCGAGUAGCUGUACAACAGCCAACAGCCAUACUGACCCCAACCCAGAAGGCCUGCCAGCUUGGACUCUCCAUUCUACAGGAGAUUUUUAAAAUGCAAGAAGCUGCGAGACAGGAUGUCCUUGAGCAAGUUCUUAACCACUUGAUCACUAGCUCUGUGCAUCCAGUGUAUCAUUACUUAAAGUUGUUGUCCAACAUCAUUCAUGCCUCGCCACAGUCAGCAUUAGACUUCCAAAUGAAGAUUCGUGAAACAUUUGAUUAUCUGACGCAACUUCCGUUAGAGACUGCCGAGGGCUUACUGGUUGCGAUUCAGCCGCUGGUUAAAGUCAGCAUCACGUUGAAGGAUGCUCUAAUGCUUAUGCUCCGCAAGGCCCUGUUUUCAAGGCAAGUUGAAGGGAGGAAACUUGCUGCGACUGGGUAUCUGCUGAUUCUAAAGAACUUCAAAGUGUAUGGUAGUCUACCGUCCAGUCAGUGCAGUCAAAUAGCCUGUUCGUCAUCUCAGGUGUUUGUCGACGUCCACCAGAAGGGAUCACCCGACUACGAGGCCAUUGUCUGCUCGGAGAUCCUGGGAAGCUUACGGCGGAGUUUUAACCAGCAAGCUGAUGUCAAAUUGAUCCUUUAUGAGGGUUUGUACGAAGCUCUUUCCAACAACUCAAAGUUGAAAGGUGAAAUCUUAGAAAUGUUGUCAAAUCAGUUGGAGAAAUAUUAUGUAGAUGAUAGCGAGGUUCUCCCACCCAUCAAAUUGGAGCCAUGCAUCGCUGAACAAGGGGACAAAGUCUAUAUCACUGAACCAGUGACACAUCUUUUGAUGGCAUUGGGUCAAAGUUUAUUGUUUUGCAAGAGACGAGGUCAGGAAGACGAGGAGGAAAAUGUAAAUGUUGAGAAACUUGUGGAUAAAUUGGACGGCGUUUUAAAGUCGUUAGCUACGAGAAUGAUCAGUAGCGAGAUGGAAGACUUUGAACUUGAUAAGUCAGCAGAUUACUCAAUGGAUCAUGGGGUCGGAGUUCGUAACAACAUAUUUGCGAUACUUGUCCUUGGUAUAUACGAAGUUCUUAUGGAGUAUGUGAUUGGCAAUGGAGAUUAUAGUUCAACACGAUGUGAACAGUUGCUUCAGCUAUAUAAAAAUUAUUCCACACUGUCUGGUGUGCUGAAAGAGAAGACUGAAGCAAAGAAAGGAAAAGAUACUGCAAGGAGUCUACUAUCAAUAAAAUUUGUCACAGAGGCUAUGAGGGCACUCUUCAGUUUAAACAGUCCUUCGCAUGAUGAGGGGUUGACAAGCCUGAGACAAAAUACGGACUUUGUUCAACACAUGCUUUUAGUGACGCAACAAAAGAUACAUCAAGUUGACACUAAAGGGCAGUGUGAUUGCCCCGAGGGGACGAACAAAGACAAGGUCUUCAUUUACUGUUCAACAUUAGCUAGAGUCUUCCUACAGCAAGUUAUAACACCAACUAUUGAGAACCAAAAGAAAGACAAGAGCAAGUCAGUUUCACAACAAUGCUUGGAGUCGCUGACUACCAUCAUACAUAUCGUAUGCACAAGAUAUCCAAGUAAGAUCCGAGAGUUCCUUGACCUCGUGGACGUUGAAUGUGACAAAGUUGAUGACAACGUACAAGAGCAAAUCCAUGCUUACAUCAAGAAAUUUCAGCGUUUGCUGAUUUCUUUUCUGACAAUUGAAGACGACGAUGCGAACUUGAAAGAUGCAGUGAAUGUGUGUACAAUAAUUUCUUUUCUUGCCCGACUUCUUGAUGCAGAGCGGCCUCAGUUUACAGAGCUGUAUUCAUGGUUGCUACGUGUCUGUGCAGAAAACAAUCCAGAUGACGUUGUUUUGACAAAAGCUCUGAUAUCACUGCUGCUUAGUCUCACAACUCGCAUCAAGAGCGGCGUUAAACUGACUCGCGACAUCUCACAAGAUAUUCACAGCCAGCUUGGCGACAUCGAUGAAGAUGUUGAAGUAGACAACAAAACAAACUUUGCCAUUAUCAACCCAAGAACAGCUGCUCCAUCUGUCUUUCUUUUGGUUAUUUCACACAUAGAGAAUGCUCUGGAAGAAGCUGAUUGGAUCUUAGGUCAAAUGAUGUCACAGCUCUCUAGUGUUGACGUUAGUGACCCAGAUAUGCAAGCUUUGUUCACCAAUUACGAGGACAAGGAGAACAUGAUAUGUGUUCGACUUGGCUUCCUCAUCAACUCGUAUCAUGAGCUUGUCCAAUCAGUCAUUCCUGUUGGUCAGUCAAUCGAAGCUCUUCUGAAGUCAUUGAUACAUACUUACACUACUUUGAAACAGCUGUGCAAAUAUUAUUUGAGUGUUUAUGAAAAGGAGAAUGGACACUUUUGUGACAAGUUCCCAAAGUUGAUCAAACUGUCAGGAACCCACCUGACUCAACAGGUGUAUGCUUUGAUCACCUACAUACAGGCUGCACAAUCUGAACAACUUCAACCAGGUGACACAAAAGCCACCGAAAAGGCGAAACGGAAGAAAAAUAAUAAAGAAGUGAAAGUGGACGCGAAGACGAAGAACGCACAGAAAGUUUUGCGCGGUUCGCGUUCCAUACCAAAUCUGAUCUACUCAAUCGAACAAUAUGAGCGCAUCUUGAUCAAACUCGGAAAGAGGGCAAAGGUAAAUUUGAUGGAGCACGUCAAAUUGAGCACGUCACGUGAUUUCCGGAUUAAUUUCGCAGUCGUAGAGGCAUCCCUGGACGCUUCAUCAGACGAACAGUUAUCUGAAGAUAAUGAAAGUGAACAAGAAGAAAAAGAAGAACCAAAAAAGAAAAAAAUUAAACGAACUAAGGACGGGAAAAAAUGAUAGGCCUUAAAUUCUUACUAGUAAAGUAUGCUACAAGCGCCCGCCUGAACAAUUGUUGCUGUAUUUUGUUUACAUACUAUUAAGGUCUACUAUGUAAACGGGCGUUAGCCUGAGUUUACAGUGAUUAUGUUAUAAUAAAAUCGCCAUGAAAUAUAUUUCAUAUUUUAUAUGCUUUUUAAAUACCA